AUGUCAAAUGAAACAAAAAUUGAAAAUGAGAUUUUUUACUAUGGCUUAUUAAUCAAAAAGUAUGGAAUACAGUUUGUAGAUAACUUGGCAAUUAAAUCUAAGCCACAGUUAAAGAUCAUAGAAUUUGAUGAAUCAACUAAAAAAUCCCAAAUCAAAUUGGUAUUUUCCACAAAGCCUAAAGAUACCUUUUUAUUGCAAAAUGAAAUCGAUCCUUCCGCAAUCAAUUCGAAAUAUUAUGAUUUGAUAUCUAAUGUUGAUGAGAGUUUAACUGAUAAAAAGGAAAAAAGCGAAAAUUUUCAAUCAUUUCCUGUGUAUAUAGCAAUAUUGUGCCCACAAGCAGAGAUAGUUCUCGAAAAUGAGCAAAUAGAACCAUCUGAGAAACUCAAGAUUGCCGUGAAAGAGGCGUUGGAUCAUAAUAAUCCUUACUAUAAACUAAUUGAAAUCUUUGAGACUUAUGGUUAUUUUUUCCCUAAAAGGAUAGUAUUUGGAUACAAAUUAUAUAGAGCUUGUCAUUUAAUUGCAAAAAAUGAUUUACUAGAAUCAUGUACAAAAUGGAUUGACUUUAGUGAUUCUAUAGAAUAUAAUAAUAUUUUAAAAGAAUGGACUAGCCUUAUUAGUUCAGAUUUUGACAUAUCCUAUUUGACAUCAAUCAAUGGAGACGACAUUUUGAUAGAUUAUCUUCAAGAAUGGAUAUCUAAAUUAAAAAAUGAUCCCGACACAUCGCAAGUUAUAAAUUGGAAAGAAUUAUAUCCAUUAUAUAAAAUAUUUGAUAAGCAUUGUCAAACAGAAAUUGAAUUUGUGCUUGGAAUUGAUGAUGAAACGAAAAAAAGUGGGAUUAAAGAAAGGGUCCUUAUUACAGGUGUUGUUCCAGUUAAAGCCUCCACUUAUAAAUAUCGUGUAAAUUUUCCCGAUAGCAUAAAUUCAAGUAAUUAUAAAAUGUUCGGAAAACUUGUAUCACAAAAUGGUGAAUUAAUUGACUCAGCAAGCAUUAAAUUUCGAUCUACUAAUAUAUUUGGGUUUUCUGUGUUAAUCGAAAAUUUUAAGUUAACAAAUGAAAUAACGAAUCUUCAAAUAAUUUGGAUGUUGGUUGGAUUACCUUCUGAAAUUGGAUUUUAUAGCGUAAACACACGAAACAUUCCUAUAUUGGCAUUAAAUAGUUAUCAAUUUACAUCCAUUAAACAUUCUAACAUUCCAUUAAUAUUAAAAGUUCCUGAAAAUCUGCCUGCAAACUCAGUUAUGUGCACAAAUAUAAUAUAUCCUCUAUCAGAUUAUGAGACAAAAUUCACAACUAGUAUUCGAAAUUAUCGAGAUAAUAAAAUUGAACUUACUAUAUCAAUCAAUGAAGAGAAAACCUCUUAUCAUGAUGAUGAAGAAGAUAAAGGGGAAUCUAAAUAUUCGCUUCAAUGGUGUAUUAUACCCCUUCCAGAAGAUCAAAUGAAAAAAACGCCAUUAUUGAAUAAAAUAUGUCAACCGAUAUAUUCUUUUGAGGAAAUCAAUGAUAAAAUAGAUCCCAAUAAAAUUUAUACUACUUCUGAGAAAGAUACUGACACUGUACUUGCUACUUUAGGUAGCGUAGCAACUGGUGCUUUUGAAAUGUUUAUACCAUUUUAUGAUGUACUUUGUGAAAUAUUUGACAUAACUGAAAAAGCAGGACACAAUAAAUUUAUUAGCUGUAGGUUAAUAUCCCGCAUGUGCGUUGUAAGCCAAGAACUCGAUAAAUCUACAGCGGACAUUAAGAACAAAUAUUCAGAGAAUUAUGGUCAUGUAAUAACAAGAUGUAGAAAAUUUGUUUAUAAUAUCAGUGAAUCUAUACCUUUCGUAAACCUGAUUACUAAUCACAAGGUUGAAACAGAAUAUGAUGAAAUUACUACAGAACUCGAUUCUGCAGUUAAGAAUUUAGGAUUAGUAUCAUGUAUUCGAACGAGUGAAAACAUUAAACAUGAUAAAGAAUUAUUACAU